UAUAGCAAUAACAUAUUUUGGUUCAGGUGUUUGAGCACAUUUUUUUCAAUACUUUUAUAGGCUGAAUAUAAGUGCUCAACUCAUUUGCUACCAAAGGAAUUCCCUUUCUCAUCACUUAGGUAUGACAAAGAGAUUCAAACUCAAGCUCUCUAUGCCUUCUUUUCGAUUCUGUCGAUCCAAAAAAGCUUCUUUUUUGCCUAAAAGUCCAAUGCCGUCUUCACUAUACAGAUUUUCCCCGGCCAAUAAUCUUGAUAACUCCCCUGUUCCAGUACCUCCCUCAACCCCACAUCACUAUUCUGCUUAUAGAUUCAGAAAAGAUCAAAACUUAGCAGAUAAAAUUUACAAUUCGCCGACUUCUGAAUAUUCUGAUCAUGACAAUAACAACAUGAUCAUGAGAAGAGGGAAAAGUGGAAAAAAGUUGAAUGUGAGUUUUUCCUCUGCUGAUAGUGGCUGGUUCAGUUUCAACAGUGAAUGUGGUGAUGAGAAGCCUAAUGAUGAAACUGAGAGCUUUAUUUCCUCUCCAAGUUUCGAUUCUUCAUUUGAUGUGGAUUAUCCGAUAGACCAUUUAACGGGGACCAGAAGGAGGAAAAAGAAUAAUAACACGAAAGUAAGAAGGCUCAAGCGUUACCUUUCAAAUAGUUUUAAAGAUUCUAUGAUGCCAUGUAUGGCUGAUGGGAAAGUGAAUGAGAGUUUUGCUAUAGUGAAAAAAUCAGCAGAUCCUUAUGAAGAUUUCAAGAAUUCAAUGAAGGAAAUGAUAAUGGAGAAAGAGAUGUUUGAAGCAGAGGAUUUGGAACAGCUUUUGCUUUGUUUUCUUAGUCUCAAUUCAAGACACCAUCAUGCAAUUAUUGUGGAAGCUUUCACUGAGAUUUGGGAAGAGUUAUUUGGUAAAUCUUCAAAGUCUAGGGAUCUAAAGCUUCAAAUAUUUCAAUGAACUAUUAUAGCAUCAUGCUGGCAAAUUCAACUUCCAAAACCUGCAUAAGUAGAAUCACAUCACAUGUUAUUUUUUCAUUUGUUAAUCAUUUCUUUUCAUAUGCUCGUGUAAUCUGGUUAUUAUGCUUUGAUAUGUCUUUUAUAUAAUAAUUUAUAAUUGGAUACAACAUGUUGUUCUAUACACAAUUAUGUAGUGUUGGUGCACAAAACUUAAAACUCUUAUAUUAUUGCUGGUCGG